AUGAAUGACCUAAAUGGUGACGAGAAACUGGAUGGACUUGAAAUAAUGAAAUCUCUGCUGCACUCACAUGACGGACACUUAGCCGAAAUUCUCACAGACGAGAAGGUUGAGCGGUUAGUAGACGGUGCGCUGAACUCGAUAGAUUUGAAUCGCGAUGGUUUUAUUGACUUUGCCGAGUACAUGAGAAAGUCAAAGCAGGAACAGCCUAAAUAA